UUGAGACUGUUGCUGCUGCUGUGGAAGCGACGCUCGGGACACAAGUUAGAGCGAGAGAGAGCGUGAGAGAGAGUGAAAUCAGAGAGAGAGAGAGAGAGAGAGAGAGAUCCGCUGUUGUCAAUAGACGAGAAGAUGGCGAACAUGUGCAUCGACAGUCUGAUCCUGAAGCUGCACGAAGUGAAUGCGGUGAAGUUCGGACAGUACAAGCUGAAGAGCGGCAUGAUGACGCCCAUCUACAUCGACCUGCGGGUGCUGGUGUCGCAUCCCGCGCUCAUGAACCAGGUGUCGAGUCUCAUGUACCAGCGAGUGGAAGAAGAGGGUCUGCAGUUUGACUCGGUGUGUGGGGUUCCCUACACGGCCCUGCCCAUCGCCACGAUCAUCUGCUCCAGGAACGAACUGCCCAUGCUCAUCAGAAGAAAGGAGGCCAAGGACUACGGGACCAGGCGUAUGGUGGAGGGGUCGUAUCGCGAGGGGGACACGUGUCUGAUCAUCGAGGACACCGUGACCACCGGCUCCAGCAUCAUUGAGACUUCUGAAGUCCUCUACAAAGAGGGACUCAAGGUGACCGAUGCCAUCGUCCUCAUGGACAGAGAGCAAGGCGCUGUGGAGAUGUUGGCGUCUCGGGGAAUCCACCUCCAUCCCAUCAUCUCCAUGUUCAAGCUGCUCAACGUGCUGCAUGCAGCCGAACGCAUCGACGACCAAACUGCCCGGAGCGUCCGCGAGUUUAUCGUGGGCAACAACACUUUCAGCCCCAAGGAGGAGAACGGCAAUGAGGCUCCUGCCACCAAGAAGCCAUGUGUGGAGCAGAAGCUGGAGCUGAGCUACGCAGACAGAUCCAAGCUGCCAAACAUUCACCCUCUGGCCUCAAAGCUGCUGAAGCUCAUGGAGGACAAGCGGUCCAACCUCUGCGUGUCGGCGGACGUGACCAGCAGCCAGGAGCUUCUCCAGCUGGCCGACUCUUUGGGUCCCAAGAUCUGCGUGCUGAAGACCCAUGUGGACAUCCUCGAGGACUACACGGCGGACUGCGGCCAGAAGCUGCAGGAACUGGCGGAGAAACACAACUUCCUCAUCUUUGAAGACCGCAAAUUUGCCGACAUUGGGAACACGGUCAAGCAUCAAUACAAAGGUGGUCUGUACCAGAUCUCAUCUUGGUCCCACAUUGUGAAUGCUCACGCGGUGCCGGGGCCCGGUGUGGUGAAGGGUCUGAGUGCUGUCGGGAAGAGUCUGGGCCGGGGCUGUUUGCUCAUAGCGCAGAUGAGCUCUCAGGGCUCACUGGCCACUGGAGAAUACACACAGGCCGUGCUGAAGAUGGCAGAGGAGCAGUCGGACUUUGUGAUCGGCUUCAUCUGCGGCUCCAAGGUCGGCACCAGGCCGGAGUUCAUCCACAUGACCCCCGGGGUGCAGAUGCAGGCUGGAGGUGACGGGUUGGGCCAGCAGUACUCCACCCCAGAGGAAGUUAUCCACACUAAAGCCUCUGACAUCAUCAUCGUGGGACGGGGCGUCCUGGAGGCUCCCGAUAGGCUGAAAGCUGCCGAGUCGUACAGAAAGUCGGGUUGGGACGCUUACACAAAGCGACUGGGUCCAAGCGGCCAAUAGGAGCUCGGGAGUAGUGUUAUCAUUACGCCUCUUGUAAAACUUAAAUAACAACUCUAAUAAUUAGCUAUGCAGAUGACCUGGGAGUGUUUGUUUUUUUACAUAGUCCACAUAGAGCAGGGUGCAAAUGCUUGUUUCCCUAGAAGCAAGCAUGUACACUUUCACAUUUAAAUGCAAAAUAAACUGUUCCUACACAAACAGAUGUAGAUGUUUGAGAUCAGACGUGUUACUGUUAAAUAUGCUGUCCUUCCAUCCUGUCCUUUAAAUAAGCUGCUUUACACGUGUGUUCUGAUUCCCUCCAAUUCAUCCCUCGCAAAACCCGACCUGACCUCUGAUCAGCUGAGGGAACAAUCCAGAUUCAGCAAAAUGCUUCAAUUUGAGGAUAAAAUGUGUUUUAAUUACUUUUUAUCUUAUUAAUUAAAUCGGCCCUGUGUCUGCUCUGUGUAGAAUUGCUGAAAUACUACACUAAGUUUUGGUAGAUCAAAUACGGGUGUGUAUGGGAAAUGCCUGUUAAUGGUUGUAUAAUAUUUCCGUUGAUAUUUGGGGCUUUGUUUUUUUUUAUAGAGAACCAUCGAGCAUCUUUUGUGUUCUGGAGUUGCUGAAGCUGUAUUUUCCUCAUCACAGACACAAAUCUGUGCCAGUUACAGUCUCUCAUUUUCAUCUCGAGCUCAUCAGUAUUAAGUUGAUUUAAAUGGCUUGAGCGUGUUUCUGUAAUGGAUGCCGGGGUUUUCAAUAACAAACUGAAAUCUUGACUUAAUACUUUUUUGAAAAUAGUUAUGAAUUUUAUAGGUCAACAACAGAAAUGAUGGCGUGUUGUUUAUUCUGUCGAGAACAUGACGGAACCUUCUGCUUCACAUGAGUUCAGCCUUUUCCAUCAGUUGUGAUUAUCUUCUGUAUGAUCAGGUUUAUUCCCUCUGAUUACUGUGAAUCCCAAAACAAGAGAAAUCUGACUGGAGCCAGAUUCAUAACUGACACGAUUAACUCCACUGCCGUCCACGCUGCUCAGUAAAAUAAGUUUUAGUUAAGGCAGUUACUUUUUCUCAGGUGACUCACAGAUCAGGCAGCUGACAGGACAAAGUGUGGAAGGAGUUUGCCCACUGGUUAUUUACUCUCUCCCAAAAGACAAGUUGAUAAACAGGAAAGAACUGCCUCCACUUUGACUCCUCCCCCUUGGAAAGACUUUGCAAACUGAGACCUGAGGCUGCAACUGUUGUGAAUUUAGACCUAAUGUGAAUGCAGUGAAAACGGUUUGUGGUUUUCUGCUUUAUUCAAUGGAUAAAUAGGAAGUUUCCUCUCUUACAGAGGUUUAUAGAUUUGGGUUUUUCGUGCCACUAAGUUUCCUAAAAGACGAUGCAGUGACUUUUUUUGUAUAAUGAACUCAAUAAAAACGUCUUGUUUCAA